AUGCAAAUAAAGGACGAGGAGGCCCUGACCUACCCCAGAAAGCUGAAGGGAGAUCCUAACAAGCGAUCGAGGGACAAAUAUUGCCGCUUCCACCGUGACCACAGUCAUGACACGGCCGAUUGUUACGACCUAAAGCAACAGAUUGAGGCCCUUAUCAAGCAAAGGAAAUUGCAGAAGUUUGUUAGAAAGGAGAAAGCAGAUCCACCUCCUCAAGAGCAGCCCCACCAACGGGAUAAUGAGUGCGCUAGGCCCCCCAUAGGAGACAUUAGGAUGAUCAUAGGGGGAACAGCAACUACUAGGUCGUCAAAGAAGGCCCGUAAGACUUACCUCAGGAUGGUCCAAAGCGUCCAGUUGACGAGCACUGUGCCAAAGAUAGAGUGGGCAGAAGGCCCCGUCAUUGGAUUCUCAGAAGAAGAUGCACGUCGGCUUCACCACCCGCAUGAUGACGCGCUCGUCGUAAGCAUUCGGGUAGAGGACUACAACAUGCACCGGGUGCUGGUCGACAAUGGCAACUCGGCGGAUAUCCUAUACUACCCAGCGUUCCAGUAA